UCUGUUCUCCCUUCUAGGCUCUUCUUUUCUGUAAUUCACUCUCAAGAAUAUAGAUCAAAAGCCUCAUACGUAAAGAAGGGUUCUUUUGCUGCUUUCUCUUCCAUUCAGAUCAGCCAUGGGAGGAGGCAAUGGUCAGAAGGCCAAGAUGGCACGUGAGAAGAACCUGGAGAAGCAAAAAGCCGCCGGCAAGGGAAGCCAACUUGACUCUAACAAGAAGGCCAUGACCAUCCAGUGCAAGGUUUGCAUGCAGACAUUCAUAUGUACCACAUCAGAGGUGAAGUGCAGGGAACACGCGGAAGCAAAGCACCCAAAGGCUGAUCUUUUUACUUGUUUCCCACAUCUUAAAAAAUGACAAUUAAACUGCAGAUUCAGACUGUUUGUUGAAUAUUAUCACUAUUAUGUAUUUUGCUGCUCUGUGACCAACUUCUUCAUUGAAGAAGCUAAUAUGUUCCAGAUGACUUUGGCAAUAAAUUCUGCUAAGAAAAUGAUAUUUAGCAUCUGACUUUA